CAGCAAUCAAUACGCGGGGAGGGCGCGCGCGCGCCGCCCUCGAGAAUGCGGCGACGGCGGCGGCGGCAAGCAAGCCCCCAGUAUUAAACGUGCGCUCGCGUUUCAAACACCGGGUGGCUCGGGUGGACCGCGUGUGGUGACGCGAUGUAACACAAUUUUGUUUCUCUCUCGAAAGAUGGAAACAACGAACGGCACCAAUGCCGAGAUGCUGGCGGCGGCGGCGGCGAUGACCAGCACCACCACCGAGGAUGAACAGAAGAUACAUCAUCACCAUCUGCGUAAGGGCAUGCGGCUGCAGCAUUGGCGCGAUAUGCCCAAGCAUUUGCAGUUCAAUCCUUACAUUCACACCGGUUACCGGCCCCUGCUCACAUUUUGGGGGUGUAUCAACAGCUUGUUCUAUCUGCACAACGAAACAAUUAAUAUUUUAACCCAUGCGAUACCAAUAAUUUAUAUAAUCGCAACGGUGCCACCGCUGAUGCCAUGGACACAAUUAUGGUUCCUGUCGUGGUGUCACGUGAUUGGGUUGGUAUCCCCGUGGGUGGGGAGUUUUCUCUACCAUCUUUUUAUGAAUCUCGACCAAGGGGAGAAGCUUUACUGUCGGCUUCUGCAGAUAGACAUGUUGGGGAUAUGGAUUAAUCAAAGUUUUGGUGCUUUACCAAUGGUGACAGCCUCAACAUACUGUCUUCCAUCUUUGAUACGAUGGUCUUUCAUCGGAAGUUAUGUGCUGUUGAGUCUCUGGGGCCUCUAUAAAGCGUUAACAGCAUGGUCGCCAUGGGAACGUCGUCUGUGCUUCCUGAUGCCGUUCACCCUGCGUGUGAUUUUGUGUUUUCUGCGUUAUUGGGGCUUUGGGGGCGGCGAUCCGGGUGCCUUUACACAUGUUAUACUACAAGAUUUGGUCUCGGCGAUCGGGGGCGUAAUUGGCGCGACGCACAUACCGGAAAAAUGGUUUCCGGGCACGGUAGACAUGUACCUGAAUUCGCACAACAUAAUGCACGUGCUGGUGGUGACGGCGGUUUACUCGAUGCACGUGGCGACAAUCUGUGAUUUACAUUGGUUAACACGUGCAAGUUGCGACGCCGCCCCCAAGCUGUGAUGGCCUCCAACACCUCCAACUCUCAACAACAAUCUCCUUCUCGCGCACUUGCUACUUAUACAGAUGAUAUUUUUAAAUCCACGAGGCGCAUGACACAUGAAAAAUGACAGCAUGACAAAAUGGCUGACGUAGAGGUUAAGGAUGCAAGUCAAUAGAGGCGUUGACGUCAAUUCAUUUUGUUUCUCAUCGAUUUUGAUGUCGAAUUCCAUGCGAAAACAGCGCACAAAUUGAGUUUUAUCACACGCUGUGAUAAUACGUUUAAACCUAACCUAGAAUAGAGUGAAAAAACGGCGCAAUACAUCACGUGACAUGUUUGUUUUUACGUUUCCAUCAUCAUCAACCACUAAAUGAAGCAAUAACCUAGAAGAGAGAGAAUCAUUUCAAUGGCGUCGGUUGGUAUAACUUAGUAAUGAAAUUCACCUGUACCUGGUACUUAUCGAACUUAAUUAAUUAAUUAAUUAAUUAAUGAUUCUUGUUAUAUAGCCUAAAUACCAAAGCUGCUGCUGAUAUUUUAGACGAGCGUGUGUUUUAUGAAUCUGUGAUCUUGUUCUUGUUCGAACCUAUCGAGUAUUCCUAAGUAUAAAUUAUAACCUCACUCAUCCAGUGAUUAGUAAGCAAUUUUAACUUAAUCUUAACCACACUCUCUCACACACCGAACAGAAACAGCUAAAACAAAAAAAUCACUAGCAUAUCAGUUGAAAUUCACUUGUUUCUUCCACCGAAUGAGAUAAACUGGUGCGCAAAGUAAUACUCUAACCUAUUUUCCAAUGCCGACAUUGUGCAAUUUAGGUCUAUAGGUAGAUAGCGGUAGAUAGAUGAAUUAAUAAAUUGUAAAUUGUAAAAUAUACACUUUUAAGAGCGUCUGGUGAAAAACCAGCGACACAAAAAGUGAGGUUAAAUUUUGACAUUUUUUCACAGAAAAACUUAAAUAUCUCCGAAAGUAUUCAUCACACAAUAUUGGAACAAACUUUAAUUUAAAGAGAAUUUAAUCAGGUGUCUUUUCCAUGUAAAAGUUUUAAUAUUUUUCUAAUAUUUUAAAAAUCCUGAGGGAAAAACUUUUGUGUCGCUGGUAAUUUUUCAAAAUCCGCUCUUAACCUUCAAUUAAAUACGAUUAUUAUACAAUGUAGCAACAAAUAAGUCAAACAACAAUAAUAUAUUAUAUUAACAAACAAUUACUGCUAAUGUAAACAAAUAAAUUCUUUAAACUUUA